AUGGUACUUAAAUGGAUAAAGUCUCCUCCGCUCGAGACUGGGGUCGACUGUAACCCGGCGGCAGGGUCUCCAAAACCGGAAGUUUCUUCUACUUUUGAAAGCUUUGAGGAGCCCGACGUGGCCAACAGCGUCCUUCCGGCAGAGCUCAACAGUGAAACUAGAGAUCUUUACAAUGGUUGCCUGGAGGCAAGGAUUGCUGGCCGCAAGUGCCACAGAGACGUCGAGUGCCAAGCUGGGAUGCGAGUUCACCUGGUAAGGGAACCAGAAAAUCCCAUGGAUACAUACGCUGUGAAGGUGCUUACGGCGGAUGGGCUUUCGCUGGGACAUAUUCCAAAAGAGCUUUUGCGUUAUUUGUCUCCUCUCAUGGACAAAGGCGUGGUAGACGUUCAGGGAUAUGUCUCCGAGAGUACAUCGGAAGCUGCACGCCUCAAGCUUGAUUUGCGUGAGAUCCAGAGUCGGACUAUUGGAAGUCUCUCAGAAUUCUCGUUUAGAAGAGAGCCUGCUCGUUGCAGAAAACGGAUUAAACGAUUUCAACGUCCGAGGAGGGGAUCGUAUCGCUUUGCAACGGAGGGUUCUCUGACUAGGAAAUAGAAGGUGGACAGUACCUCCAUAUGCAGCGCUUUUAAAGAAAAAACACAAGGUGGUGACGAUUAUGGGAAGGCCGCUAAACAAUGCCAAUGGAAUGAAGAGCAGAUUUUAUG